CACUGUUUGUUGUGUUUUGUGCUGUUUGUCGUUAACCCUUGAUCUCUUUUUCAUAGCUUAAGAAAUACAGGGAGUAUAUGCCAUAAGAAACCCUUUUAUUUCUCAUUCCUCUCACGUUCAGUCUUCUGGGUUCAGUGAUGCAGGGGCUGCCUAACGGAGUGGCUGCUGUGCAGCAUAAGCAAUAUUAUACAAUAUACAAUUUCGUAAUAAAUUUAUAUACCUCAGCGUGUGCCUCUAGCGCAAUGGAGAUGAGCUGUUUGCUGCAUGGCAUCCUCCAAUGAGCCCCUGGAGAGGGUGGCCCUGACUCUACUGCUUACCUCUAGCAGAUUUGUCUGUUUGCAGGGUGGUGACAUUUUGUGCUCACCAGUGUCCUCGUAUUUCACGUCAUCUCAUGCCCUUCAUGUGCUGGCUUUGUAACUCUUUAAUUUUUGAGACCAAGAAUUCAUGAAUCAAAAGAUGGGGGAGUGGGGGAGCUGAGUCAGAUUGUGAAAAAGGAAAGCCAAGUGAGAGUGUGCAAUUGCAUAUCACAUUUACAAACAUGGUUUCAUUCAUUCAUCUCCAAAUGUUGCUCCUGUUACUACUAAUAAAGCUCUGGUUUCUCAGACUGGAGCUGCCCUGGGAACACUGAUUUUCAUGGGGUUUUUACUUUAUAACCUCCAUAGUAUUUGUGUUACAGUAUAUUAUUUUUCCAAUUAUGUUUUCAUUACACUGAACAUGUUAAUAUCAGAAAGAAUUUGAUAAUAUGAAUGUACUUCCCACACACUCCCUGUCGUUCCUAUUAUUCGAUGUGCAAAAGAGUGGCAGAUUAUAUACCAGCAGCAAUUUGUUUCGUUCUGUACUGGUAAGAUUUCCUAAUUAUAAAAAAAAAAGCUUUUUCCCUGAGCAUGCACCCCUGUUUGCUUCCUCUUUCUUUCCUCAUCUUGCUAAUGAUAGCCAACUCCAUCAUGGUGAUUUUGGAGCUGCUGGAAAUCUAGCUUUGUCUACUGAAAGAUUUCUACAGAAACCUUUAUAGGCAAAGGGAGCCAGAGAGCAAGUCUGCUAUAAGCAUAAUGGUGUCUGAGGUUUUCUUCUCUGGCUGGGAGGUGUAACUGUGUAGUGUACAGUAAUUAAUUUAAUCCAAUGUUGAGAGAGAAGGAGGAAGAAUGAUUGUAUUGGGAAAAAAUAAGAGUCUUUUUAAAGUAUCAGAUGUAAAAUUGAAGCAGCCAUUUCAAUGACCUUUGUGAUUUCUAUUUCAGACAAAAGGCAGCAACCUAGUACAAGGGUAUCAUUUGUCUUCUCCCAGCCUCAUCCUUUGUUCUCCUUGGGUUUAGCCUGUCACUUCCUAGGGUUUGGCUCUGUCCCUUGUUGGGACAGCAGCACUUCUCACCCGUGACUCUCAGAAGUGCUGUACCAGCAGCACCUGAAAUACACUGCUCCUGCCCAUCCUCCAACACAUAUAUUGGGUAGACUGAAGAAUUAAGUGUGUGGGAAAUGUUCCUAAAUUCAGAAGUGUACUUAGGAAAGCAUCUUGCUCGGGCUGCACUGUGAACAGAGCAGUUGUUUUGCUCCCACUGACAAUACCAGAGGAGGACUAGAGCAUACUACUGACUAGCUGGAAUGAAAACAGCUCUAUCCCACGGACUCCACCUCUGCUUUCUGGCAGCUUACCUGACUCAUAAAGAGAGUGGGGGGUUUUAUAUGCCACCUACAGCAACUCAACAUUUUCCUUUGUGCUCCGACACCCAACGAAAGAUUUCUCAGGAUGCCAGAGCCAGCAAAGUCAACCUCAGCCCCCAAAAAGGGAUCCAAGAAAGCUGUGACAAAGACCCAGAAGAAGGGCGAUAAGAAGCGGCACAAAAGCAGGAAAGAGAGCUACUCCAUCUAUGUCUACAAGGUGCUGAAGCAGGUUCAUCCUGACACUGGCAUCUCCUCCAAGGCCAUGGGCAUCAUGAACUCCUUCGUCAAUGACAUCUUUGAGCGCAUUGCUGGAGAAGCCUCCCGCCUGGCCCACUACAACAAACGCUCUACCAUCACCUCCCGGGAGAUCCAGACAGCCGUGCGCCUGCUGCUCCCAGGAGAGCUGGCCAAGCAUGCUGUCUCUGAGGGCACCAAGGCUGUCACCAAGUACACGAGCUCCAAGUAGCCAGACAUCACCUCUGCAACGGGACCAUCAAACACCAGGCCCUCCAUGCAAGCACGGGUAAGCAGCCAUGGUCUGGAUAAAUGUCACAGCUAUUAUCCACAGCAAUUUGCAGCCUUGGGAUGGGCAUGAAAAGCUGCCCAGUGGAAGAGGAGACAGUGAUCUGGAUGUCAGCUGAUUUUCAUAGUCUGUUCAGGACGUGGAAAGGAUUUGUCAAGGCUCGUGGAGGAGGCUCUUGCUUUCACAUCUCAUUCAAAGAACUGACCAACCAUGCUGUAUCCAGUCUCCUCUGUGCUUGGCAAACAUGCAUGUUUGGCACUGGCAGGGGAGACUGGCAGUGGCAGAGACACCAUCUCUGAAGUCUUCCUCUUUGACUGCUUUCUCACAGUCAUCUGAUAUGGGCACUGAGGAGUCAGCACUGGCAUCCUCUCUGCUGGAUCCCUCCUGGUGUGCAAUGGCUCAGCCCACCCUGUGCUGGCAGAAGCAACAGCUACCAGGCACAUAUUGAUUCAACAGCUAUCUGUGCUUGACAGCCUGUUUUAAAGAGCAAGCCUGGCAGGCAGGCAGAUGCCCAAGUUGAUACCAAGUGCUAAUCCUCCUCACUGCUCCCGGUGGAUGAGCCAUGGAGCAGGCUGAGGGUGCUGGCACUGCCCACUGCCUCCACCUCGUGCCAAGGUGGAGAGAUGGACAAGGCGGGAUGUUGGGACUGGGUGGCUACCUUUCCUGGCUGCUGCUUUGCCUGCUUUAGGACUUGCUUUGAUGUGCAAGACUUUGCUAAUUCUGCUGCUUUUUACAGACUUUUCCUGCCUUGACACUGCCUGGGCACUCCCACCGUAAGUGUGGGUGAGAAGGGGUGGGGCCCGUGAGGGUCCCCUCUCCUGUGAGCUCUAGGCUGGUACAGGACAAACAUUAGAGAAGUGUUGGGAGGGGACUGAGGAUUUAGGAAGGCAUCUGGUAUAGGAGCAGAGGUGGGUAAUGCAUUUUGGGGGGGAAAGAGGCCGGCUCCCUGCAGAGAUCACUGCAGGCAGCUCACUUGGCCCUGCCUUCCCUGCUUUGUUCAGCAGUUAAAAAGCAAAACCAAAAACUGGGACUGGGUGGAUGUAUAGGGACACUUGCCUGCAUCCCAGAUAUUUUAAAGAUUACUCCCCACAUCUUCUCAAAAUCCAGAGUAAGGUGAGCAAUAAUAGAAUCUUGUUAAAAGCCAUAGAGAUUAGUGGAGGCAUAUCUUGGUUACAGGUUUAUCUUGCCCAGACUGCUGGAUAGCAGAAGAGCAUGUGUAGCACUGGUGUGAAGUUGAAACUUCCUACUCAAAACACAAAAUUAGCCAACAUUAAAAAAAAUAAUCAAAGUCUCUGGUAGGCAGUAAUGCUCAGAUAAAAAAUAUGCAUGUCUAAAAUAACAACCGUUUUCUGCAACUUAUUCUGUAAAUAAAAGGAGCAGCAAAGGCACAGGAUUCAGAACUAAGUGCAAAUUCUCCCUAAACUCCAAGACCUUGUUUUUAAUUGAAAAGUAAAUUCAUACUCCAAAAUGGCAGCCUUGCAGUACAUCUCUAACUUUCCCCUGCAUUUAUCUCUAUUGUGUUUCUUUAUGCUUUGAGAGUUAUUGGAACCUUUAAAAAAUUUAGAUUGCUUUUGGAGCUGUAGGACUCUGCCUCUCCAGAAGAUUCAGUUAUUCCUUGGUUUUAUAAUAACAUUGCAGUCAUUUUCCAAUUGGUCUGAGGAGAGGACUGCAUAGACCUGUUCAACCAAGAGCACCUCAGAAACCCAAGAGCAGCCUGGAUGUGUGAUCUCUGUGCAGGAGUGAAGGUCAAGUUGUUUAUGGGCUGUUCCCAGCCCCCUGCAUUGGUUUGAACACCUCACACCUUAAAAGGGACUUUCCUACCACACUCUGGUCAGUGAUAACACACGAUUGUGUUUCAUAGCCUGAUGCCAGCAGGAAUGUCUGGUGAUAUAUCUCAGAAAGAACAACACCUGGUUAGCUGGCUGCCAGGACCCACAAGGAGCUGCUCCCAGCAGCAGCACCUAUACUUAGCAGUAUUGGUAACCUGGGCCACUUGGCCAGGACACUUUGGAGGUGACAGCUUACUACUUACUUUUGUUUUCCAAUCAAAGAGUCAAAAUCAGAUACCAAAGAUUAAAAUGUACCUGCAGUGGGCCUAAAGCCACCAUCCUUGGCCACUGGAAAUCCAGACAGUGGAUGAUGCAUAAGGAGAAUAUAGGGAGUGAAGGGCUGGUUGGCAUUGCUGGAGCUUUCUUCUUCUGUCCCUAUGAGCUGCAGGUCAGAAUUCAUCCCCCUGGGGAGUCAUCUUGAAGGUAGAAAUUCAAAGUGGAAUAAACUUACUCCAGUCCGAGCAAUGUGUGCGAGCCAGGACACACAUCUCCUAGGAUUACUUGGCACAGCCUCUAAACUCUCGCUCUCUUGAGCAGAGCAGAGUCCCACUUCAGUCUCCACAAGCUGCAAGGAAUCAGGAAAAUAAAAUGAGAUGUCGGUCCUCCAGGGUCUCCUGGGUGGCUCGGGGAGCCAGGAACGAGGCUGGUCUUUCGGGCAAGAGCUGCUCACCCCAUACCCCUACUCACAGUACUGGUCCCAUUUGCUUCUGCCACUGUUGCCACUCUCCAUUUUUGGAGCUUGUUUCAGAGAGGAGACAGUGAUUUAAGGCUACAAAAAUACCUGAAGACUUAAAGAGGAUUUUCAUAUUGUCUAAAGCUGAGUGACUGAGACUGAUCACAUCCAUCCAUUUAUAGUUUAGGUUGUCCUUGCACACAUCAUUUGCUCUUUAGUCUCCCUUUGUAUUUUUUUUACUCACCCCUGACAAUGGGAAGCACAGGACUGAGGAACUGAUUUGUGUUAAAAUGAAUUUAUUUUUUUUUCUCUUCUUGAAAGCUUUGUUUUAACCCAGUUCUGGUGGCUGUUCUGUUCUGUCACUGUUGUACAGACACUUGUGCCAGUGAAAGGAAGGGAUGGUCCAGGAAAGGCAAGGCUGGUAUAAGCUAGGACUGACACAGAAAGCAGUUGGGAAGUUAAUGGCCCUAGCGUCAAGGAAAAAUGAAGAAAGGAAAUAUGAGUCUCCUGCAGUGGUCCAGUUAGCAGCAAAGAUGAGGCUUUUAAAUAUGCCACUAGGGGUGUUACCCAUGCAGUGUCCCACAAGCAGUUUCUCUUGCAGUCCCUAUGCUGGAAAUCAGGCACAUCCUGUUUCUGCAGAUCCCAGAGGACUCAAGUGUUUCACAAGUGAAAGGGAACAGGUUGGGAAGGGAACUCUGCUCCCAUGCAGCCACCCAGCUGUAGCAGUUGGAGGCUCCUUGUUCAGGCAAACCUGCAAGGCAACCUGCCCUUCUCACAGCUGCCUGCUGCUGUACAGGAGCACACUCACAGCAGUUUAAUGGGAAUUAUUUUGAAUGUGAUGAGCUUGGACUGAGCCUUAAUAUUAGAGGAAAUAGAAGGUGGUCUAAAAGUUCAAGGGAUCAAUUGUCCACUAAGUAAUCUGAGGUGUGACAUACUUCACAUUCCCUGAUAAGUAGAUUGGCUGCAGAAGAGGGGUUCUACACUCCAGGAUCCAUGCUUUUAAAAUAAUAUGUAUUUCCAGAUCUGGAAUUGAUAAAAUCGUUUAAAACUGGAGAUAAUAUACGAAGCCUCACUGUCCCUAUCUGACUCCUACUGCAGUCCCAGGAGUAUCUCUAGGCCACUCCUGUGUUUUGUGAAUUAAAAAAGUAAAUCAACUACAGAUUGAAAGGAAGAUGAAAAAUGUAAUACAGCUUUGCUAUUAACCUCAUAUUAACCCCAAGGACAUCACAGCACUGAGUUAUUUGUUUUCAUGUACAAAAGAAAUAAAACAAGCUGCUAUAGAUCUACUUCUGAUUUUCCACCCUGCUUCGCUAGAAGGGCUUGAAGUCCACCUGCCCUUCACAGCAGAGCUCAACCUACAGAGGAAUUGAGUGGCCACCUGCAUGGAGGUUUGCUCCUGCUCAGGACAGACAGGUUUUUAUUCAAGCAUGGUGAAAACAAGCGUAAAAACAAGUGUGGAGGAAAGUGCUCAUCCUGGACACCACUGUGUGUCCUAGGGAGGGACACUACAGAGCCCUGCCCAGCAGAGCUGUGUGGCUGUGCACCCUUCUGCUCUGGUGACAAGCAUCCAUGCAGAUAGCUCCGAGUCCUGACCACCCCUGGAGCAGAGCUUGGCAUGGCCUUUGAGCAGCCCUGAGCAUUUGUCCCAUCACAGCAUUUCCUGACGGUUUACAUCCAGAUCAAAUUGUUUACAGGGAAAGGAAGAAUGUCAACUAAAUCAUAAAAAUUAUUUGCUGACAGAGUUUUGAGAGCUCCCUGGGACCAGUACCUGGGGAGCAACCUUUCAUGCUUACUCCAUGCAUCAUGUCUUGUGGGCUUAUGUACAGUUUUUCUGACAGUAAGUGUUACAUCAAGUAUGAUCCAUGUUAUAUUGCUGCUGGUUUAUGACCUUAGUGCUAAUUACUUGUUUUCUGUUAAAUGUAUAAAUAAAAUAUAAAUGCCAACCUGUUGGAAAUCAA